GUACUCUUUAUGUUUUACGUUUACUUUUUAAAAUUUGUCCACUUAGAUGGUGCCGUUGCUUGCUUGUUUGUUUGUUUGUUUGCUUUUCUGUUUCUUUGUUACAGAUCUUUUUUCUAGAAGAUUCCUUACAAAAAAAUACUCGUAAGGUACCGGAUUUUCAAUUUCUGCUUUUAAAAUUAAACAAGAGUUGUUGAACGACGGUUGAACGAAUACCAACGAGGUCAAUUAAGUGAUCGAAUUGCGUGUACCAUAAACAUCAUAAGUUUAUGUUAACCGAAUUUAACAUUACACUGAGAAACGUGCAAUGCAAAGACGCAACUGGUGAACUAUCCCGGCUAUAUUUAAUGAGGAGAUAUCAACCUAGGUAGGCAGGCCGACCCAUUUAAUUAUUUUUCACACCACAGAUAUGAAAACUUACCCACCUGCAUCAUGUACUACUUUUGACCAAGGUUCUAUCCUCAUUUAUUUACCAUUUCAGAUCGACAAUCUUGACUCUGACACAAACCAGUUGUCAUCAGUUCUAGGAGCAACACGAAGCAACCUCGAUAAGCUCAACGGCACAUUGGUUACUACUACACUAGAGGUACAAGAUGAUCUCUUAACACUUAAGAGAAGUUUAAAUUCCACCGAUGAAAACCUGAAAUCUUCAGUUGGCAACUUACAAAACGUCAUUGGCAUGUUAAACACAACUUUUUCAGACCAGGUACAAGAGUUAGGGCAGGAGGAUAAUAGACUUCAAAGUGACCUGAAAGAAGUCAACACUACUGCUCUUCAGCAGGUGAGGUACCGAUAACCGAGUGACUGAUCUAUUAAAUAUAGACUAGUAUUGUUUGAAUUUACGACCAGAAGGCACGCGCGCGAAAAUUACACUCCUAGGAUGAAAUGUAGGUUCCAUGCUAGCCAAUAGGAUUGCAAGUUUGCCAACAGGUACUGGGUUUUGUUUUUCCAGUAGCAAUUUUCUAAAAGUAGUUUGAUACAAAACAAUAUUAAAUUUAAAUAGAGUACUGCUUUCCAGGAAUAAUCAUAGAGGGGCCAAGCAGUCAAGCAAUGUAAGGUAUACAAAGGGGUGUAAGAUGAAAUAUUGAUAUGUGAAGACUAAGAUGUAAUAGUAUGUAAUAGUUUACAAUUAAUCACUGGUCUUGAGUGGAAAAGUUAUUUUUCUUUUCCCGAGAAUCUCGAUGUUUCGUGAGACGGAGGCGAAGGAAACAUCGAGUUUCGAGGUAAAGCAAAACUGAUUGUUUCCCUAAGGACCAGCGAGUAAGUGAUUUGUUAUAUAGUUGGAGUUUAGGGCAAAGUUGUAUGGCAAGCAGUUAGUGGGAGAGCAGGCGACAAUUACUUUAUUGCUGUCCAUUUUUGUCCGGUGACCAUAAAUCAAUCAGUGAGAGCGGGCGUUAGAUUCGACUAAACUCCAGCUACAAUCUUGGACAGAAGUCUUGGGACACUUAUGCAAUUUA